AUGCCUGCGCGGGCCCGCCAGUUGCUUGGCGCUCGUCUGACGCGGCAGCGACGCCCCGCGCCGCCGCCCCUCCCGCAAUCGCCCGGUACGGCGCCGGCGUGGGAGCUGCUCCUCUUCUCCCUGCUUGGCGCACUAUUGGUUUCUCUCGUCUUACGGCGCCGCACCCGCCGGAGCUGGAGCCGGAGUGCUGGUGGUGGCAUCGCAUCGGCGCGGAGGGUGCGCCAGUUCGUCCGCGCCGAGUUCGAUAAGAUCUCCGCCGCUGACGCUCGCGCCGAGUUCGAAAAGAUCUCCGCCGCGGACGCUCGCGCUGAGUUCGGAAACGCUGGCACCGAGUUCGGAAAGGCCUCCGCCGCGGACGUCUCGCCGCCUCCGGGGCCGGACAGGGCGGAGCCCGCUCAAGCGACGCCUGCAGUGGCAGAGCCAACGUGCGACGUGCUCUCCCCGCAGCUUCCCUUCCCGUGGUCGCCUCCCACCGUGGCGGACGUGGAGGAGGACUCGGAGGAGGAGUACUUGCGAGGGUACGUGACGCGCCGCAGCGCCGUCGGCGCCACCCCCUCGCCCCAGUCGCCGUCCCGUCUGACGGCCCGCUCGCACAGCUCCGGCUACCUCGGCUCGCCCUACAAGACAGCGGCCAGCGCGGAGGCAGUGGACGAUGCGGGCGAUGCGGGCGAUGCCGCUGCGAUUGAGGCGGAGGCGGCACAGGCCGAGACACAAGCCAAGGCGGCACAGGCCGACGCGGCGCCGGUCCACGCGCGCGUGUUCGCCUUUAGACACAUAUUUAGCUUUGGUGGAAAGGCUUCGUUCCCUCCGGUCUACUCGUGUGAGGAGACCGGAGAGUGCGCGCGGAUCGUAGAUGCCUUUUAG